UAACAAUAAUCAAAUAUUAUUUGAUAUAGCUAAGUAGCUACUUAUUAGUCUCGCUAAAGUAAUGGACAUGUUGUCACACUGGUUGAUUAUUUCAGCAUUGUUAUGUUGUCUAGUAAAUGGUCAGUUCGGGCCGUUCAGGCAAGACUCAGGCUAUGUCACUGUGAGACGGGGUGCUCAUAUGUUCUAUUGGCUGUUUUACACGACCGCCGAUGUCUCGAGCUACACUGACCGACCGCUGGUAGUGUGGCUUCAGGGAGGCCCUGGAGGCUCAUCCACUGGCAUCGGGAACUUCGAAAUCUUAGGACCACUUGAUUUAUCACUGCAGGAGAGGAAUUACACGUGGGUAAAGAAUUUUAAUGUUCUUUUCAUUGACAAUCCUGUAGGCACCGGUUACAGCUAUGUUGACGAUUGGAGUUUCCUCACGACAACUAAUGAUGAAAUUGCUGUAGACUUUGUAAACCUAAUGAAAGGUUUUUAUGAGGCGCAUUCCGAAUUCGAGGGAGUACCGUUAUACAUUUAUGGACAGUCGUAUGGUGGGAAAAUGGCAGUUGAUAUGGGCAUUCGUAUGCAUGAGGCAGAGCAGGCAGGAACAAUUAGGUCCAAUUUAAGAGGCAUUGCGAUGGGCAACGCAUGGAUUCACCCGGUAGACUUGACGCUCACUUGGGGUCCUUUGCUCCUGGCCGCAGGGUUGGUCGACGAGACCGGCUAUCAGAACAUACAGGAGGCCGCGAAGGAGACCGAGAGGCUAUUCAACGAAGGCCUCUACGUGGAGUCCACGGCCGCGUGGGCUGCCACGCAAACACAGGUCUUCCGUGGGACCCACAAUGUCGACUUCUACAAUAUACUGACCAAAACUCAAGGCUUCGGACCAGACACCAGGACUGAUUAUGAAAUCGCAAGAGAACUCAUGAUCCGCGACAUAUCCUACUCCACAAUGAGCCGCCAGGAGGAGUACAAUCUGAACUACCUGAUGAACGGGCCCGUGAAGGAGGCGCUCGGCAUACCGGCCCAUGUGCACUGGGGCUCGCUGUCCAACGCGGUGUUCGACCGGCUGCGGGGAGACUUCAUGAAACCAGUCACCGAAGGAAUUGAAAAACUGUUAAAUGAGACUGACAUCAUUGUCCAAAAGUAUAACGGGAACCUCGAUUUGAUCUGCGAUACUCCUGGGCAACUGCUGUGGAUGGAUCGCCUGCAAUGGACCGGCGCCGAGGCCUACCGCAGCGCGCCCCGGCAGCCUAUCUGGGAGAACAACCGUCUGGAGGGCUACUCCAAGUCCUAUGGGAACCUGCGGUUCUUCUGGAUAAACGUGGCUGGCCACAGUGUUCCAAGAGAUAACCCUACCGGAUCAAAUGCCUUUCUACGAGAUAUGACUUCAUUUGGGUGAAGGUAAAAUCGAUACGAGUAUAAGCAAAUAAUUAUAUACUUAAAACUUGUACAAAUAAAUACUUAUAACAUUUGUAAA